CUCAUUCGUUGAAAUACGGUAGAAAGCUUAGUGGAACCUGAAUAAUAUUUGUUGUUAGUUAUUUCGGGAUAAAGCAUUAUUUAACAACCCAUCAUGGCGGAUAGCGGAAAGCGUUGCCAAAACUGUUGUCAUGGUAUUUGCUAUUUUCUGUUACUAGCCACCAUUAUCGUGUUAAGUGUGUUUCUAUAUCUUUGCAAGAACCCGUUGGAUCCAACCUUGCCACGGCUAUCAUCUCGCCCUCGAAUUGAGAACGUAACUUCCUCGACAAUCGAGAUAGAAUGGAAUAAAGAUUACACCGGCGACGGCCCCGUAUGCGGCUACAUCGUCGAACUCAAACCUCCGACAUCGACGGAGUGGACGAGUGUCGGUUUCGUUGCCUAUGAUGACGAUGCCGACGUCUUCGGGUUCACAGUUGAUAGACUUGUCCAUGACGCCCUCUACGCCAUAAAUGUUAGAAUCCUUCACUGUUCGGGUGUGGAAGGAGGUAGAAGCCCAGAAGUCAGCCAGACAACAAAUAUGAGACCUCAAACACAGCCACCAUCCGAACAGCCGUCCACGGGCCAGCCAUGUCCACCAGAGAACUGCACAGAUUGCCCCACUGACCCUGAUGCAGGGGAACAGGAAUGGAGAAGGAAUUUUCUUAUCGCUGUUCCAAUCUUGUCGAUCGUCGCUGUUCUGGAAUUUCUUGUUUUUAUCGGGUAG